GCACUAACUAUAAUGUUUCGUUUAACUACCUUUUGGAAGGGGGAGAAUGAUGUAAAUUCACUCAUACAUACUAAAAAAGUGGAACACGCUGCAAAAAGGUAAUGUUCACUCACUGCAAAUCGUAGAAUCGAACUACGUGUCCUACCUAUCAACAGCAGCAGUGCAGCGGCAGCAGUAGCAGCUUGUUUAAAAAUAGCAAUAGAAAGCCGAAAUUGUUUUCAAGAUAGGAUUUUGUUUGCUACAUGCAUUUUUGAAAAGCAUUCCACCGCAAUAUAAUGGACUUUGUAGUGGCCAAGUCAUUAACGAUAAAAACAUCAACAAUUUGGAGACCACUUGUUUUCGUUGCUCUCUUGAUAACCACCUCGGCACCAGGUAUCGCUGAUGCAGCAGUGAAUGGUGACUUACAGGUUAUAUACGCUGUAAAUGCUGGUGGCUAUGACCACACUGAUAAACAUGGGAUUGUGUAUGAAUCUGAUCCAUUGAAUGUCGGCACUGCAUCAGAUUAUGGCAAUCAUUUAUUGAUUAUUGGUCGUGUGCCGGAACAAGAUGAGGUGCUUUACCGUACGGAACGAUAUCAUACAGCUACAUUUGGCUAUGAUUUGCCCUUGGAGGGUGAUGGCAACUAUGCAUUGAUGUUAAAAUUUUGUGAGGUGUACUUUAAUGAGCCAAACAUGAAGGUAUUCGAUGUCGUUCUCAAUCGCCAACACGAAAUCGUUUCGAAUUUGGAUAUUUUCGCCCAAGUCGGUCGCGGUACCGCCCAUGACGAGUACAUAUUUUUCAGCGUAUCGCGUGGCAAAUUACAUUACAAAGAUGAAGUAUCCGAUAUACGCAACAAUGUGAUACGUCUGGAUUUCAUAAAGGGUGCUUAUGAUAAUCCAAAAAUCAAUGCAUUUGCUUUAUUCAAAGGCGAUGUGGAGCGAAUACCACGCUUAAUGCCAAUACAAAAUGAGGCCGGAAAGGAUUUCGAUGAGGGUUAUGCAGCAGAGGAAAGAAAUCAUGAAAUAAAUGCCCAUACCCAAAGUAAGAAAGCAAAACAAAAUAAAAAAGUUUUGGCAGAGGAGCUGAAUCAUGAGCCUCUAGACUCUGAGGAAGAUGAAACCAUAGAUGAUGUUUACGAGCAUGAUGGUGAUGGCUUUGAUGAUGAUGUCGAUUAUUUACUAAAAGAUAAUCGUAAAAAUUCUAAAACUAGUGGGCCACGUCAACCGAAUCCUUACACCUCGGAGGAUUCCAUGGUUUUGAUGCCUGUCUUUGUGGCCAUAGGCUGUUUUAUACCGCUUUUGUUUUGCCUUUGCAAAUUAUGAAGUGGGCAAAUGGUUUAAAAUCCAACUGCUGUACUGUCCUACUGCAAUGCCAUUGUGCCGUCAUCUUGUAAACGCUGUUUCGGCUGCAUUUCGUCAUUUAUACUUUCGUAAUUAAUAACAGAGAGCUGUGUUUUAUGUUCGUAACAUGUGCUUGAUUGCCGCCGUACAUGAAAUAUUUGUAUGGCCAUACGGCACACCACACUUAUGGAUUUGUGUUCAUCCCAGAGCUAUUCUUUCGGUGUGAGAAUGAAAGAUAUUUUUAAUUUUAGCUAACUUUACGUUCACAAUGAUCUUGAUUUUUUUUAUUAUUAUCAUUAUAACUAUUAUAAUUUGGGAAAAAGUACUUAUAGCAUUUAUUUAAUUUAAAUUAAUUUUUUUUGAUACUUAAUAUGUUCCUUGCAAGGUAGUUGUCGUUUUUAUUUCCUUUUGUGAAAAACUUGGUUGUAUUCCUUUCGAUUGAAGCACUUUGUUUUAAAAGCACUUUAAUUUUUGGUUGCGCUUAUCAUGCGUGUCGUUGUAUAUUUCUUUUUUUUUUGUUUUCUUUUUUCAAAAAAAGAGUGGAAAUUUUAUGUAUGUAUCAACGAUUUUGCUGAACAGUAUACUAUAAAAAACGAAAACUUUAUUUAAAAAUUAGCUAAAACAAAUUGAAGAUAAUAAAAUGUUGACCUAGAAAUGACCAUAAUGCAA